CGGUACUAGUCACACAUUUGAAGAAAAAGAGCUAUGUUCCUGAUGAUGGUCGAAGUAUAUUUAUUUACACAUUUGUGUUGAUACAUCGAAUACAACCAUAAACAACGUUGUUUUCUUAUUGAGUUAAAAUUGGAGGCAAUACAACGCUACAUCAUAAAUUUAGAAUAGUUUUUCAUUCGAUUACAGCUGCUGAAGUGUCAACUAAUCAUUUUCACAUUGAUUAUGGAAUUUCAUGAAAAAAAGCAGCAAAUACGAAAUUUAGAAAAAAUAUAAAUAGAUAGAAAAUAUCAUUGAAAUUCCGCAUUUGAUACUGUGUUUCCUACCGACAACAAUCAAAUAAAACACCAUGAAUAAAGUGUGUUCAUUGAAAAAUCUACAAAAAUUGGUAUACCCAGGUCAUCGUUCGUUGGGCACAACAAAUGCCAAGCUCCAGUCAGUGGAUGAACCAAAGGUCGACGAGCCAAAAGAAGUGGAGAUUGAAGCGCCGUGGGGUCACAUCGCUGCAAAAUGGUACGGGCCAUCAAAUACCCGCCCCAUCGUACUGCUUCAUGGUUGGAUGGACAAUUGCAAUUCUUUUGAUCCACUGAUCCCAUUGUUGCCGAAGCAUCUCGCAUAUUUGUCGAUUGAUUUGCCGGGUCACGGGUUAUCAAGCCGUUUACCGCAUGGAAUAAUGUAUACAGCAACCAAUUUUCUGAAUGUAGUGAGCAUCAUUCAACGUCAUUACAAAUGGGAUCAAAUUUCAUUUUGUGGUCAUUCGAUGGGCGCUGAAAUCUCGUCACUUUAUGCGGCACUGUACCCAGAACGAUGUGAUUUAUUGAUUUGUUUGGACGUAUUGGUAAAACCAUAUUUUGGUAAUGCGGAUCAUUUAAUCGAGCUUACUCGCAAGAGUUUCGACGAAUUUUUGGAUCUGGAUCAAUUGAAUCGAUCUGAUAAAGAGCCACCAAGUUAUACGUAUAAUGAAGCGCUUGAACGGUGGGCAAAACAAACGAACUUAACACCAGAAGCCACAGAAUAUCUUAUGAAACGGGGUGUUGCCACGUCAAAAUCGAACAAAAAUCUCUUCCAUUUUACCAGAGAUAUUCGACUUAAAUUGAUGGAAUUUACGUCGGCCAAUAUUAAUGAUGACGUCCAUUAUAAGUUGAUGGAACGCAUAAAGGCACCGCAUCUUUUCAUCAAAUGCAGUAAAUCGAAGGAGUUUGAAGGAAAAGAACGAUAUCAAGAAGCGCUGGACACUUUGACCAAGGCGAAUCCAAAGUUUGAGUUGCGCACCGUUGUUGGUGGCCAUCAUUGUCAUUUGACCGAACCAAAGCAUGUCAGCGAGCAUAUUUCGAAGUUUAUCAAUAAAUAUCGUCCGCAGAUCGAGAAUUGAUGGGAUUAUGCACAGUAGUGUGCGAGGAAAAUUUUUCAGGGGGAGGGGGUGAUUUUUCGAAACCAAAAAAUUCUCUAGCAAAUCAGAAGAAUUUUCGUUUUUUUUUUGGAAGUCACUUUUUG